GCCAGCGACCGUGGGCGAUACAAGCACAAUGUUCUUGUAGAAGAAAUUUCAGCAGAGCCAUCCUAUCUUAGUUGUUCGUGUAAGUUGAACAGAUUGUUGGUCAUAGCACCACAGUAGCUAAUCGCACCCUCGGAGUGUUGGUCGACCCAGUAUGCGAGCCCAAUACUGGAUCGGAGCAGUUGUGGCCGUUCUCUGUGCCAUUUGCGUCUGUUCGCCCGCCUUUCUCUACUUCCUACUGUUCGUCGUCUAUUCGCUACUGCUGAUCGCCAUAGCUGUUUUCGGUACAAUCUAUGUGCACUACAAGCUAACGAACCGUGAGACAGAAUCAAGCCACACCGACACGGGCCGGAACUCCAACGUGCUGUAUAAUGCCACCAGAUCACCGUUAUUUAGCGACUACCCGACUGCGUCGGGAUCGAUGGCGACCUCUUUCUCCUCCUGCACAAGCGGGGCGGGCACGAAUAGUGCAACGGCCGGUAAUGGCAAGGGGAGCACCGCCCAACUAACUAUUAUCUUUGGCCGCACAGUGGAUGGAUUGCUGCAGCAGAUAAUUGCCAAUGCGAUGCGCGACUUCGUGAAACCAGCACUCGAGACGAUUGUCGCACAGCCGCGGCGCAUCGUCGAUCUGCUCCGUGAAGACAUUUGGCUUGCGAUCGAAAAGCUACACGAGCGCGCCUCGCGCAUCGACGCACCGAAAAUGAUUGCCUGCGAUUUCGUCGCCAAAGUGACGUUGCACCUGCAAAAGAUUCGCCUGGACGGGCAACGGAUUGCGACGGCCGGCCAGGCCGCUACGGCAAGCGGCAAAAAAGCAGGGACAGGUGCCAACGAGGAAGCUACGGCUGAGUUCAGCACGGCCGCCUAUCUCGCCACCGCCGAGAAGGAGCUGGACUUUCUAAAGAAGAUCGGUGAAAUACUGAUCAUCUUUCUACUGCCACGCGGUUACUCGCUGUCACCGAUAAAGGACUUGCUGAGCGAGGUGCUCGCCUACCGUGUGCUCCAUCCUGCGAUCCGGUACCUUACCGCGCCUGAAUUCAUCAAUCAACAGAUCGUCGAGUGCAUCGAGACGAGACUGGUGGCGGUGGCGAUACAGAAGCGCAGCCACGAGUACGCCGCCAACUUUGACGACUUUCUGCGCAUCAUCGACAUGACCCAGACGGUCGACGAGCUGCACUCGAUUCGGGCGAGCAUUGUCAGCGACAUGGUGCAGGCAACCACAAUGCAGACGGUGGUGGCACAGCGAUCAUGCGGCGGCUCUCUCUACGAUUCGGACGCUGACCAGCAGCAGCAGCAGCAGCAUCAAUUGCACGGGCAGCCGGUCCUACUCGGGGGGGAGCCGACAGCCGGGAUUAAGCUGAAGAAGUACAUCCAGCAGCUGGCGUUCGCCAAGAGCCAAUGCGAGAAAUGCCUGACACGGCUCGGCUGGGAAGGGAACGUCAGUAAAGAUGUUGAUCUGUCGAUGCCCGAUAUUCUCGCGACAGUAGCCGGUCGGCGCCAUUUGGCUGCCUUUCUCGAGCCCAUGAACGCGGAUUCGCUUGUCGGAUAUUACACGACGGUGGAAGAAUUAUACCGCGCUCCGAAGGCGGCCUGGCACCAGUUGGGAGCCGAAAUUUUCUACACGUACGUGCGAGCCCCGAACUCGGAAAUUCCACUGGAGCGGGGUGCCCGUAAGCGUAUGGAGGCAUUCCUUGUGGGCGACGGUACACCGGAGGUAUUCUACGAAGUGCAACGCGACUGUCUUCAGUUGCUCGAGCGCAAAUAUUAUCAACCGUUCCUGCUGAGCGACGAGUACGGGCGGCUCAAGUGCUCGCUAUCGCGGGACGACAUCAAGGAGAUCGUCACGGCGGGGUCCCCGUGUGGUGUGAGUGGGUCACCACACGCCGCUACCCCACCACCGCACCAGAGCAGAACUGAAAGCCAAGACAGCGAGACGUGCUCGUCGUCCUCGGUGGUGUCUGGGUCAGGUGGAUCGUCACAAAACGGUAGCUGCGAGGGCGGUACGCCUGGUGGAGGUUGUUUCGGAUCCCCGGCAACGGAUCCGGCGCUCGUUGAUCUAAGCAACCACUCGCAGUAUGCCCGAAACAAGCUGGAGCAGCUGGACGAAAAAUUCGCAAACAAACAGCAGGCCCUCGAGGCGCUCAAGCAGUCGCUCAAACCCGAUUCGAAGCUGCUGGUGAUGCUGGAGCGGGAGAUCGAGUGGUUGCGGGGCAAACGGCGCCAGCUCGAGUCGCACUUGCUGCGCACCGAGGUGUGGAGCGAAUAUCUCGGUCGGUGGCGCGCAAUCGUCGAGAGCGUCGACUUUUCCGACGACCGUGAGCCGCCCCAGUUCAUGAUCGUAGUGCAGGUGGACGAGAUGAACGACUGUGAACGAGACGAGGUGGCUACCGCACUGGACGCAACCGAGAGCAUCUCCACCGGUUGGGUGGUGGUGCGUUCGUUGGCCCAGUUUCACGCGCUCCACCGUAAGCUACGCCCGAUGUGCGGCGAAUUGCGACAGCUCGAUCUGCCUUCGAACAACGCGUUCAAGCUGUUCCUGCUGAAGAACGAUCGGGCGCUUCUGGAGAGGGCGAAGGCGCAGGUCCAGCGUUACCUCAACUUCAUCCUCGAGGACGACCACCUUAACCAGAGCGAGGCCGUGUACGAGUUUCUCAGUCCGAGCUCCGAACGUCUGAAGCAGGGGUUACUGGCGAGUGGCGGUGACGGCGGCGCAGUUAGUAGUGGAACGACUGCGGGUUUCCAUGCUUCACCGUCGAAAAAAUCAAAAUUCUCGCUCGCAACCUUCUUCCGUGGCACCAAUAGCGAUAAGUUGGAGCAGCUCUGGUCAACCGGUCCUCCGAUGCGCCCGUUCGCUGACUUCACGUCGGAAGACGUCGAUCAGGUAUCGCUAUACCUCGAAGGCAUUGGCGGAACGUCUCGAGCGGAAGUCGAGCCGUCACCCUCGCGAACUCUGUUCGGUGGUCUCCCGGCCCAAGGAGGCUCCGGUGCCCCAACGCAAGAUAGUGGCUCGGAAGCGCGCGACUCAAUCGCCGAACCACUGUACGUACUGCUCGGCGAAAUCUUCGAUCUCGGCGGCGUUUUUCGUUGGCUCCGGAAGAGCCUUAUCUCGUUCGUGCAAAUUACCUACGGCCAGACUAUCAAUCGUCAGAUUCGUGAGUCGGUCAAUGCCCUCUUCGACGAGCCGAUGCUGCACGCGUGUGCCAGCGCGGUGCUCAAGACCUGCUGGACUGGCGAAGGCACCCCAAAUGCGCACGUGCUGCGUGGACCGGUCGAACGGACUGAUGACCAGCGCGAGAUGAUCAUGAAUGCAGCUCGGUCGCUGCUGCAAGACAACAUACCGGAUCUAUUGUGCAGCCUGAUCGGUGCUCAAAAUGCACGCCAGGGCGCUAUAAAAGUAUUCGAGGCUCUGCAAAAUCCCCUCUACAACAAGCAGCUGUUUUACGAUCUGCUGGAAACUCUGAUGCUUGAGUUGUUUCCCGAGAUUCGCCAGCUGAAGGCCGCGCCCUGUGAACAUCAUCCGAGCACUGCACAACCCACGUUUUCUCUGUCCACCCCACCGACGACAGCAUCUAGUACACCGACGCGGAGCAUAUCUUAAGUCAAACGUCACAUUCCCUUCGAUUGUCUAGUCCCGCUUGCGAGGUCUGUGAUUGAUGUUGUGUAUUAAUGUCCCGUUCGCGCAAGCACUUGUGCAAUUAAGUUAACUGUCCGCCACCGAUGCCAUACACAGCCAGCGGACGUAUUGGAGCUACUUGGUGCUUUGCGUGCUACUUAUUAUACUUCUCCCACCAUACACAUUUUUUCGUGUACUAUGAAUCCGUGGGGCGUGAAUUCGUUUGUCGUAUU